AUGCCUCCCAAAGCUGCUGCUGCUACCAAGGCCAAGGCCUCUCACGCUUCUUACCAGGACAUGAUUACUGAUGCCAUUGUCAUGCUCAAGGACCGCAAUGGCUCCAGCCGUCAGUCCCUCAAGAAGUACGUCAAGGCCAACAACUCCUUGAACGUCUCGGACAACAUGUUCGACUCCCUCUUCAACAAGGCCCUCAAGGGCGGCGUCGAAAAGGGUGUCUUUGCCCAGCCCAAGGGGCCCUCGGGCGGCACCAAGCUCGCCAAAAAGAAGGCCGCCGCUCCCAAGAAGGCUGCCGCUCCCAAGAAGGCUGCCACUAAGAAGGCUGCCCCCAAGAAGGCUGCUACUCAGGCUGAGAAGCCCGAGACGGUCCUCACCAAGACCAAGUCUGGCCGUGUCGCCAAGACGGCCAAGCCCGCCGUCAAGAAGGCUGCUCCUAAAAAAGCCACUCCCAAGAAGGCUGCUGCCUCCAAAUAA